CAUUGAAAAAUUCACAUUGUUGAUCAUCUGUUUGUGUCUCUGGACUCACAUCGUAAUUAGUAAAUUGUUGUUUAAAUGUGCCUUAAAUGUUUAUUUGUUUAUAUGUAACAUAAGAAUUUGAUUUAAUUAAUUUGAUUUUUGGUUCAACUUAGAUUAUGAAUUUCAUUAAAUUAACGUUUCAAACUGUCUUAAAAAAUGAAUCGAUUAUCAAGACAAUUAUCUCACCUCAAUUGCGAUUCUUCCAAUCGUCUCAAAGUUUGUUAUUUGCUCAAAAUAGUAAAACUCAAUCAUCAGAAACUAUCCGAUUAUAUGAUGAAAAUGGUAAAGUGAUUGGACAUAAGACUAAACAAGAAGCCGAAACAAUCGCUAAAAAGAAUGGAUUUGCCUUGGUGGCUAUGGAAAUUCUAGGAAAACCCAAAUUUCCCGAAUAUCAGCUGAAACCCCGACAUAAAGCGUUUUCAAUGGAAGAUGAGACGAAAGAUGAUACAACAAUCAAAUCAACCGAUAAUCAGAACGCUAAAGAGUCAAAGAAAACACCAAAUACAAGUAAAGAUAUUAAAAGGAUAACCUUUGAAACUUCAAUCGCCUCCAAUGAUCUUAAGAUAAAAAUGGAUCAAAUUAACCGUUGGAUUGACAAGGGCAAAGAGAUUCACAUAACAAUCGCUGGGUCUCGUAGUGUACCACUGGACACAUUUUCCUCUCGAAUUUCCCCCAUGUUUUCAAAAGAUGUCCGAUUCUUGGUGAAUAAACAAAAAGGCAACAAUAUAAAAAUGAUCGUCGACAAAAAGCCGAUGAAAGAUUCAUCUCCAACCGAUCAACCCGAAGAUGAACCUGAUGAUGAACCUGCAAAUCGUAAACAAGAUUCAUCUAAUGAACCGAAAAAUGAUCUUACCAGUGAUGAAUAUCUGUUAACAGAUGAAGCUGAAUUCGAGAAAUUUUUGAAAAAGGGCAAAAAAUUAAAGUAAAAUUAGAGAAGAAGAAAAAACAAUUGUAAUAAUUAUAAGAAUUGGAGACGAUUUUGUUUUCGGAUGGAAACAAUAAUUUACUUGAACAACGGAACAUUCAACUUUAAUUUAUUAACAGUGAUAAAAGAUGAAACAUAUUGAUUGUUGAUUAUAAA